CAGACGGUUGGAUCGAGAAAUCAGCUGUGAUUGAUUGAUUUUUUAUUGAAGUUUUAUUUUAACCCUAAAAUAAUAUUUAUUAAUUAAUUUUUACACAAUGGAAAGAGCAGCAAAGUUUGCUAAGACUAUAAGAAAUAAUUGGAAGAAGUCUGUUGUUGGUGUUAUAGCUUUAUAUUAUGGUGGAGCUACUUUAAAAGAGAAAUACGAGAUUAAUGUUCUAAUGCGAGCAGCAUGUAAAGAGGCAGCUCUUUAUGGAGAUGCGUUGAUACCUAUGGAAAGAAAUCCUACUAUGGUUACUGUUAUUUUGAACCCUGUUGCGAACAAAAGGACAGCAAAACGAGACUUCGAAAAGUACUGUGAACCACUUCUGCAUUUAGCCGGGUUGCAGUUGAAUGUUAUACAGACGGCUUCAGAAGGGAAUGCCAAGGAUAUUGUGGAGUCUUUACAUGGAACAGAAGCAAUCAUUGUAGCUGGAGGUGACGGUACUCUGUCUGAAACAGUUACAGGCCUCCUGAGAAGAAAUGAUGAUGCUAACCAAUUUCCACUUGGUGUUAUACCACUAGGCCGGACAAAUACCUUUGGCAAUUCCUUAUUUCCCGGUGGUAAAGGUGCUGACAAAGUUAAACAACUAAUUGAGGCAUGCAUGGCAAUUAUAAAGGGCAACACAGACUGGAAAGAUGCCAUGAAAAUAGAACCAAUCUCCACAGAGGGAGAUACGCCAAGCCGACCAAUAUACGCAGUCUCCUCCAUAGAAUACGGAGCGUUUAGAGAUGCUCUAGCUAAGAAAGACAAAUACUGGAUAUACGGACCGCUACGUGACUACGCUACAUACAUAUUUAACGGGUACAAGAAUAGUCUUACGUGGGAAUGUAACGGAACAAUCAAAUACACUCCACCGUGUGCUGGAUGCAACAAUUGCGUUGUGCAAAAGAAGAGAGAAGUUAGAAAAGUCUGGUCGCUAUUCAUGUCGAACACGAUAGCGGCUCAAGAAAGCAAACAGUUGUUAGACAAUCCGGAAUGUUCUAAAACACAAGAACUGUGUUACAAAGUCAGCGAUUUUCGAAUACAGACUGAAAACAAAAAUGGAAUGCCAGUUUUGAAUGUAAUGCUUGGCAAAAAUGGUUAUACGUACACGGAAUUUGUUGCCGAAGGCUGGAAUCGAUUGAAGAAUAUGAGGAAGAAUACAUUUGUGAUACCCGCUAGGACAGUGGAGUUGCUACCGCUGGAAAGCGAGAAGGAAGUCAUGAUUGAAAUAGACAGAGAGGAGUUUGAAGUAAAACCUGUAAAAGUUACAUUAUUGCCUAAGAUCAUAAAGUUGUUUUGUUCACCACAAGUUCAAGUUAAUGGUUAAAUAAAAUGUAAAAAGAUA